AUGAGAAAACUACCAAAUCCAUGUAUUGUAUACAUAAAACUUCAGAUAACAUCACAUGUUUCGGGAAUCAACCAGAAUGUCGACAAGGUGGUGUCGCAAGGUGCAUACCAAACGAAUGGCUUUGCGAUGGACAUAAGGACUGCGAUAAUGGGGAGGAUGAAACUAAUUGUAAUGGUAAUGCCGGGGUUACUGGCAACGAUGCAUGCGGUCCAGGAAAGCAUAGGUAUUCCCUUGAGAUUAUACGUUUACCCAGAAAACCGAGCAUUUAUUCUUCAUGAAGGCUAA